GUUGUGAUAGGUUGUCGUCGUUGCGUGCCACUGCUGAGACCGGCGUAUCUCCUCGCCCCAUUCCCAACACGCCGUUCGAAGGUGUAAAGCGCGCAAUCAACGAUUCGUAGAAUUCCCGCGUCCGGAACGGGUUCGCACUGUGCUGCUGGUGCUGCUGCUGCUGUGUCACGUUUCCUCCUAUCGUUCCUAUCGGUAUAGCUCGCGUGUGUGUAUGGUGUGCUGUGUGGUGGCUGUCGUUGUCACAGCGUAAUUCGCAUCGCGACCAUCGUUCAUCGAUUCGCCGAAUUGGUCGCCGAGCAGAACGGAACAGCGAUCACUAAAGUGCUACUACAAAGGUGAAGACGUCCCAACGACGGUGCCGCCCAAGGAUUUCCGGGAAAUCGUCAAUAGCAACGUUGUUUCCGUGGUUAAGAGAAAUCGAAGAACACAUCACCAACUCUCACUCCCCUUUGAAGAAGGUGGUGCCGGUGCCAGUAAUCAACCGAACACGACAUUCGACUCUUGAUUGGCCGCGUGUAAAGACGGUGUUGACUCGCUGACACAUUGAUUUCGGUAUCGCAGUGCUACUGCUGUCUGUGCGUGUGUGCGUGUGUGUGUGUGUUUGUACCCUACGUCCCUCAGUGCCCUUAUCAUAUGUGUCGUGUGGUGGUGUUUCUGCGAGUUGCUCCGAUUCAUUCACUGUAGUGACUCUUGCGAGGUGGUUUUAAUUGAUUACCCCCUCCCUGGCCCGUGUUCCAGUAAAUAACUCACGACAACGCAUUGCCGGUGGCAAGGCGGCUGCCCUUGAGUUCAGUAGCAGUUAUACACGACAGUAGCUUGUCUGGUUACACCUCCACAUAAUCGAACCAUCGUUUUGUCGCUCCCAUCGGUACGGGACAACCAUUUGCACCGGAAAAUUGUUGAUACGCUCGGUCGGUGGACCAGUUUUGCUGCACUGUUUGUGUAUAGCAUUACCGAGAUACACUCCUUCUUUCAACGCAUAGUGUGAAAAGCACUCUAGUGACACGUGAACAGAACAAGUUGAAAUAGUGACGCGUGUACGAGCUACUAGAUUGAUUAGCACCAGCAAAGUGAAAGGAGUUACUGUAAAAGCAAGUGUGUGUGUGUGUGUUCGGUGUGUGUGAGUGUUUGUUGUGUGUUCGGUCGAGACAAUUCACUCUGGGAGGCAUGAGUGGAAAUCGGAGAAGUAGUAGCAUCGCCGUCACCAUGGCAUCGUACUGGAUGUCCUGUCUGCUGAUACUCGUGCUGUUGCUGAGGGUCGUUAGUGCGGUCGAUGCCGAGAAUCAUUGUAGCGAGCAUCGGUAUGCCCACUCGCUCCAUACGCACCAUCUGCAGUUUACGAAGGAGAUCCCCGAUCGGGAGUAUGCCGUGUUGCAGCAGUUCAAAAGUUUGCACUGCUGCGGCAAAGGCUAUCGCAGCAUUGAAUGGUUUAAGAAUGGUAAACCGCACCCCUGGAGCAAGGACGUGUCCUCGUUCAUCGUGUACCCGGAGGCUGCCAACCAGACGAUCUACAGUCCUCGGCUCGAGGAAAAUGAUGUCGGCAACUACACGUGCAUUCUGCGCAACGAGUCGCACACCAUACACCACAACAUCGAGCUGCGACUGCAAGACAAGCUGGACAAUCCGAUGCCAACGUUCCGACCGAAGGAUCUGACGGUCGACGUCGGGGACAGUGUCCGGUUCUACUGUGAGGCGUUCGUAGGCAACCUCUAUCUACCGGACGCCACCAAUCAGAUACAGUGGAUGCAGAUGUUUGACGACAAACCGCACAGCAUCACCGAUGGGGAGCAGGUGAACGUGACACGCGAGGAUGGUCAAAUCAUUGGCUCGUACCUGUCGAUACCGAUCAUCCAGGCGCACCAUUAUGGCCGGUACCGUUGCCAGAUCGUGUCGGGUAAUUCGGCUCAGCCACUCGAGCUGAACGUGCUGCUGUCGCCGAUCGAGCUGACCGCCAUUAGCGAAUCGCAGCUGUCCAUGCUCGUCUACGUCACGGCAACGCUCCUGUUCGCGGUGGUGGUGCUGAUUAUUUGCAUCUACCGGACGGUACAUCAACGUGCCGCCGGCAAGAAGGACAACAAUAAACUCUGCUCCGCACAGUUCAUCGCUGGCCAUGCCGAUCACCACGAGAGUGUAUAAACGGGGAGCGCUAUGCAGCGGGAAGAAGGCAUGCAUGCAGGGAAGGCCAGGUUAGGUCAGUACGGAGGACGAUGGCCCAGCAACGCACCAAUUAUCGGAGCAGUUUCCGGAAGCUGGCACCAAUCUCUUCGAUCCUUAACGACCACGAACCAUUAGCAUCCGAGGGAAGUUUCCGUCGGAUGACUUGAUUGGCGAGAGCUAGGAGCUCGAAAGCGGACAAAGGACGAUGUUUGUAGUUCGAACUAUGCUGUAGCUGUACGCUCAUGUGUGUUUGUCCGUGUGUGUAUCUGUGUAUAUGUAUGUAUUGUCGGCACUGCACUGUUGUUUGUGGCCGGCCGUAUACUAUUAAAUUCUGGUGCGCGAUCUUCUCCCUGUUAUGAUUCGGAUACUUUGGCCGGAACAAAGCACCACAACUAUGCUCUUUUCGAAUGCCUGGACAGAAUUUCGUUGUUUGUAGAGCAUAUUUUCGAGCCAACAUCCAAAACUAUCCAACGAUCCAGCUGAUAGAGCAGCACAAGCAGGAGCAUAAGCAGAUACAAGUUUUGCUAAAAGCAAUCAUUAGACUUAAGCAAGGAAAGUGAGAAAAAUUAAGAGAGUGUAGAAGCGCGUAGUUAGGUGGGACGAGGAAUGAUAAAAACCAAGAUAGACUAUUUUGUGUGGCCAGAGAAUGCCAGUGACAGGUGCGCACACGAAAUCUUGCUGCAACUUGGAGGUAUAGGGCUUGUUUCAAAAACAUAAUCUUAAACUCUCCAAAAUGCCACAUAGCGCCAGUGCGCGGAUUGGAUCAGAGCUAGUUGGUGAUGAAUCCUUUCGCUUCUAAAGCAUAAAGUGUCUCACUGUCUAUCCUGCAGCGUAAGGGAUGUGGUCGGACUAAAUGCAAGAAGGAAUUUCCUUAAAAAAAAUCCCUCCUCUUAUCAACCAAACUACUCGCAAUAAUGGAAAAUUAGCAUCACUAAACAAAAGAAAAAAGGAGGGACGUACUAAAAGACGCUGCAACUAAUCUACAACGAGUGCGUGGGAUCGGAUGCUACGUAUAUGGAACACACUCCACAUUAUGGAGAGCAAGUAAAAGAGGUAGGACCACGUACGUGAUGUUUCAUCUUUUGUACAUAAACGAAACGGUGCGAUCCCCGCGAUCUCCAGAGAAGGACGAUGAUGGCUGGUGCGCCACGGCUUCUGCUAGACGGUUAAUGCUUUAGCUAAGUACUUUAUUUAUUUAUGAGCGUUUAGUUCACCUUUCCGUUGUACAAACUAAUCUAAUUCUUCACGUAUGUAUGAUAAGCAAACAAAGAAAACUUGUUCCCUGUAGUAAAAGUGAACGAUUCCCUCGGAGUUACAGUCGCACAACUAUCGACUGCUGCCACUGUUGGAAUAACAGUUGAUUUGGAAGAUCCUUGGUAUAGCAUGGAGUUAAGUCCAUGAUGAACGCAUUAUGUAUUAAAUUAUUUGUUAUGCACUAGGUUUAGUUAUGAACGAAAGCGGCAAAAUUAAGUGAUAACGAGAUGAAUGAGAGCGAACGGAUUGGAGCGAAUAUCGAAUUUAAUCACGAUACUACGCAAGUGGUAGCGUACUCUGUGAAGACUCUUAACACUGGUAGUAACCCCAGUAGUAUUGCUCGACCAGGGCGAAAAAGGCGGGCAUUUGUGGCAGAAUUCAGUGCUAGAUAAAGACUACCGAUUACGUAUUAUGAUCGAUAAUCAAAUUUACAGUGAAAUAAAAUGUCUAAAAUUGUCGUAAGGAAAUUCAUGCUUAUUCCACGUCGAUGUCGCUAGACUGAAAGAAGCACUCGUAGAAUCUGAUCAAAUAUUCAAGAUGCGCCCUGCGUGACCAAUUUUCGACCCGCAAUUCGUUAGCAACGGUUC